CCCCGCCUCCUACUGCUUCACACCGCGGAAACAGAAACAUCAAGUAACUGGCAAAACAAAAUGGGAGCAUCGUUGGACACCCCGACGAGGUGUCCUCUGUGCAACGAGCUGACCCGGGAACCCGUCAUUCUGAAAUGUGACCACCGGUUCUGCCAACGGUGUAUCGGAGACUUGUGGAGUGUCACUCCGCACGGGCCGUACCACUGUCCUGAGUGGAAGUGUACAACAGUGUACCAAACUCUGCCGUUUGAUAGCAAACGGCCGCCCCCCAACAGCCGAUGGGCACAGCCUCGCGACACCGCAGGCACAUCCAGUAACGAUGAACAAAAUAGAUAUGACUCCUUGCGGAGGCCCUCACUCACCAGCCGACUUCUUGGGAAGAGAAAAGCCAGCACACCUGUAUCAGAGCAACCUGACACAAAGCGAUCAACUGUGGAGUCUCCUCGUGAGCGGUCCAACGACAUAGAGACUCCCACCACUUCCUUCUCAGAUAAACCUGAACAGUCGACUAGUGUUGACGCAUCCAAGAAAACAGUGCACCCAGAAUCUGCACAGUCUGAGCGUGGUGAUGGCGCAUCCCCCAGUAACAACUCUGACAGCAAGGCUGUACCUGCAAGUGAUGACAUCUCAAUACAGCAGAACCAGCGUAUAUCAGAAGAGGUCGUCUUAAUGGAUGACUCUGAUACCUCCAAUGAAGUAGAUAUAUGUGAUGCACCUGCUCUUGCAACCCCCAAGACAGACACAAAAGUGACAGGAAUUAAUUCAUCGCCAAAGAUACCUGCCACAUCUUCCAACUCUGAUUCCUUUCCUGGGGUCUCAACUCCAGGUAAAGGUAAGUCUCCUGUACACCAUGUCGGCAGGUCUCCCCUGAUAUCCUCCAAACAUCCUGCCGAUGCUCCAGGAUCCCCAAGUCGUGUUGACAUCUUCCCGGAGUCAGAGAAAAAAAAUGCCAGCCCUGUGCCCUGCCAUUAUUGCCCUAGAAGUAGGUUUCAACACGCUGUGAAGACCUGUCUGGUGUGCGGAGCUUCCAUGUGUACAGAGCACCUGCGUCCCCACCUGGACUCCCCUGUCUUCCGAAAUCAUACCCUGGUUCCUCCCAUGGAGGACUUUUCUCCCUGGAGGUGCCAGGAGCACCAGGAGAUGAACCAUAUCUAUUGUCGGCAGUGUAAAGUGUGUGUGUGCACGGUGUGUACUGUCAUAGGCUUGCACCGAGACCAUGUCUGCAUCAGCAUCAGAGAGGCAGAGAGAGAGCUCAGGGGGAACCUAAAAGAUGAAAUCAAUCAACUGCAGGAGGCUGAACAGCAAGUGAAGAACAGGGUCACUGAUCUCACAGAGAAGAAAGAGACCUUCACAGUGGUUUUGAGUAAGGCUCGAGCAGGAGUGCAGCAGCAGUACGGCGCCAUCAGAGAGGCCUUGGAGCAUGAGGAGCAAUCGGCUCUACAGUGUGUGACAAAGGAGGAGAACAGGGUUCUGGGGGGACUAGAGGGGAAACUCGGCCACCUGCGGAGCUCCCUGCAAUCCAUUCAGCAAGGCCUCCACACCCUGGAGGAGCUGGCUGAUGCCAAGGGAGACAAACGCAUUCAGGACCAGGUCUUCAUUAUGGAAUACAGCAAGGUAGCACAACUGGCUAGUAACAUGGGGAGCUGUGUGGACCAGUUAGAGACUCCAGAGGAAGUGGAUCAGGCGCGGCUGAAAUGUCUGCAGAAUUGGACAGAGAAACGUCUGGACACAGUCGUCGUCAGUGUGCCAGACGAAUACGGAGACCUCUACAGACUGCUCUAUGGUACCGUCCCCUUCUUGAAUGCAGAAACAGCGCAUCCUAAGCUGCAGCUGUCUGAUAACAACAGGAGGGUGACCUACAGCGAAGCCCAGCAGUCCUACACAGAUCACGAGGCUCGCUUCAGCUCUUUCCCACAGGUCCUGGCCUCUUCCUCCAUGGAGGGGGGUCGCUGGUACUGGGAGGUGAAUGUGUCUGUGGAUGAGGGCCGCUGGAAGGUGGGCAUGUGUGAGGGUCAGAUAGAGAGGAAAGGCCAAAAGGACAACUCUCGUCUGGGGUUCAACUCGUACUCCUGGUGCCUGGCCUGUGACAGAAAGAAGGUGGAGGCUCUGCAUAACAAGGUGGCGGUUCCUGUGGAUGCAGACGGGCUGGAGAGGAUAGGAGUGUUCCUCGACUUUGAGGAGGGUGUUUUAUCAUUCUUUAAUGUGACACCAGGUGGCAGUCUAUCUUUAAUACAUUCCUACAAGCACAGGUUUACUGACCCUGUGUACCCAGCCUUGUCUGUGUCUAAAACACACCUGGUCAUCUGUGAUCUAUAUCAGUCAUAAACCGUGCAAUACUGACAUGUCAGUUGUGCUGAAACAUACAGAUUACAUGAAAGCGCUGUGCCUUUUUUAAAUAUGUGAAAAGCAUUUCCUCAUUAAAAUGUGCAAAGUUCUCGGGGAUGAUAGUUACACUGUAUAACGCUGUACUUUUGCAAAAAUCCUCGUAUGUGGUUUUAUAUACAUUAUAUACAUUUAUAUACAUGCAGGACUCCAAACAGGAUUUUAAUUUCCAUAUGUCUUGAUUUUAGAUUGAAGAACAAAUUAAUAUGUUUUUACAUGAGAGCCAAAUCAGUGCAGAUAAAAAAAUUUAAAAAAGAAAAUGUUAUUUUAUGUCUUUACAAUAAUAAAAUGUUUCAAAAGCAAAGUGCA